AUGGCAGCGAACUCUCGCGCCGUUGAGACGGCCUUAGCACGAAACUUGCUUUCAUCGAUCCUUGCCUUAGCAAUUUCUAGUGAUUUGGAUACUAAUAAUGCUGCUAUUGAGACCUUUAUGAGCCAGCAGGUGAUUCUGUGCGAGGCCCUGGAACGCCAUAACGUAUUCGGACUUGUGACAGACGGCAAAGCGUUAUCGAAAUGGCAAAACAGAUUGAUAGAGUUCAUAGGAGGCUCAUCAAAAGCCAGUCGUAUAGGCUGGGAGCUUAUGCUAAUAACAAUACGUCAAAGUCCACUGGAACGGCUUGAAGCCCUGACGGUAAAUCUGCUGGACCGCGCCGUAAAAGUUUUCAAGCGGCAGCAAUCGAGUAACAAUAUCGACGAGACUAUGGCGCAUACUAUAGUUGCAAUAUGUGGCGUGAUGCGUGUACUGCUACUUCAUGUGGAAAAGUACAACCCAGAGACGCGCCGUGAAGCGCUGGAAUUACUGCCGAAGCUGCUGCAGUCAUUGGUGGUGCUAAUGUUACACACCACCAAUGCUUCAAUGGCAAUCGCACAAUUUAAACUCGUUUCGAUGCUCAUGUGUGAGACUCCCAAUGCUUUAAGAGGCUUUGCUGUAAAGAUUGAGUCUGCAUGCGUGAAUGUGCUGUUCUCCAAUGUUGACGGAUGCGCUGUCAAUGAAAAGGUGGUUGAGGAAGCGACAGUGUGUUUGGCAACGCUAUGUAAUGUGUUUGAUGAUUCACAGCAAGUGUGGAUUCAGAUGGUCCAGAAAGCCUUGGAGGUUGCCCACCAACAGCUUGACUUACUCGCAAAAAAUCGCGUCACCAUGGCCCCGGUGGAGGAAGUCACAAAAAAAAAGCCGUGGGCUCAAGAAGUCAUUAGUCACCAGUUGCCAAUCUACCAGCGUGUCAGCUUAACGCUAAAUCGAAUGGUUUAUGCAUUACGCGUGCUACACGAAUUGCUCAAUGUUAGUGUUCGCAUCAAAACUCGUCGACAUGUUUCGGAACGUGAAGUCCAACAAGUGUUGUCAGACAUUAUUUCAUUUGUGCGUCGUGCGAUGGGAGUUCGCGCACACGAGGUCGGCAAGCAUACGGGUUUAUCAGACGAUGGUGUGCGUUUCCCAGUAAGCGUUGUUUAUGCUGUGCUACCGUGUGUUCACGUACAAGCCCUUCGUGUUUUAAGCGCUACAAUUGAGCGUGCUGGUAUAUGCGCUUUACGUCAUGCUGGCAAGGUAACUCGCGUGCUUCUACUCGCUUCUGAAAGCGUAGGUGACGGUGAAGAUUUGAAGGCUUUGGCCGAUGCUACAUCAGUUUGCGCGCGUUGUCUAGGGGCCAGCACUGUUGAAAAAUUAGGUGUCCCUUUGCUCAACGAGUUGAUCUUGCGCUGCGAACGCACUCUAGACGAUGAGGCAAGCUCGAUAUGUUCCUUUAAACCCGUAGCUUCAGUUCAGCACAACGACUUGAAGAACAGUGGGAAUAAGAGCAAGAAGCGGAAGCGUCAAGCGGCCGCUGCAGCAACUUUGGCGGCUUUAAAAAAUGGCAAUGCGGCUACAAAUACUAGAUUCGUGUCAUUGCGUGACGAGACUGUGAUCGCAUCGAACCUAAACGCAAUUUUAAUGGCUGUUGCUACUUGCGUGAGUGUUUAUGGAAGCUUGCUUCCACAGCAAUGUCGUUCGUUGACUAGUAAGCUGAUUCUGAAGUCCGUCCAGUGUCGACACGUGGUCUUAAGCCAAGAUCCUUCUGUCGUUGACCCUGUGGUGCUUGCUCUUUUAUCAGAUGCAUUGACAGCCGAUGCUUUGGGUUCACAUGGGGCAAAUUUACUUGAAGGAAAUUGCUAUUGGCAACGUCGUAGCAUCGGAAUCAGUACUGCUUCGUCAACACUCCAGCUGAUUGCACUCAAUGCCAGCGAGGCGGUGGUGCACCCGCGAGCACCACCGAUAAGCAUCAAUUUCCAACAGCACUCAAACAAGGAAGAGAACCAUAAUAGUUUUAGUGAUAUUUUAAAGCCCACAAAGGAGUUUACAAUACAGGGAGAUGUAAUGGACUGGGACGAAAACGAGCAAAAUAACUGCGAUGAUGAAGAUGGCAAGGCGGCGCCUAAGGAUGUUGAGCGCAUGCAGGUUGACGACAUAAGCAACAAGAAGCACGACGCCGAAGAAGGGGACGACGGGCCCACUGCGCAGUGGAUGAACGAGAAGUCUGACACAUUUGGUGAGGCUGACCAGGAUGAUGAUGACUUCCCCGAUAUUGUAGUGGAUGAUGAAUAG